AUGAAGCUGAUCAUUUUAGCUUCAAUACUAGUAUUAUUAGUGCCCCCAAAAGUGCAAACUAGCAGUAUAAAUGUGGGCACUGUCUUAUUUACACAAAUGGACAUGCACAGAUCCUGUUGGACUAUCGAAAGUAUUGCUGUGUUAACCACUAGAAUGAUGCUGGAGGAUUUGAUGCCAGCUGUGGACAGGAUCGUAAUAGAAAACAACGACUUCAUUAACAAUCUAAUGGGCUACUUCAAAGAGAUUGCCCGAGUCAUAAGAGAACGAGCUAAUGGAAGAAAGAAGCAUAUAAUUUUACUAGCUUUCACUGACGUCCUUGGAGGAUAUUUAAAAUCAAUAGUUUUGCCAAGAGCCAAACGUGCCUACUACGCAGGCUUAAUAGACUUCUCAAGCCUGGAAAAACUGCUUCAACUCUUCAACGAGUUGAAAUGGUUCUUGCGUACCAACGGUGUUGGUUGGGCGAAAUCAAUUGAGUACGGAUCGGGCGAUUACAAAAUUGCUCCAAUCAACAUGGAAGCAGUGUCGACCAAAGACUCGUGCAAUGCUCUGAUGUUCUUCGAGAAACCCAAAAACAACACCACCAUCUCGACGACCCAAGUCAACAGAGGUACAGACUUGAACGUUAGGCCGAAACGAAAAGCCGAAGAGGCCGAACCGAAUUUCAUCUUUCCCAUGCCUUUCUUUGACUCGAGGUGCCAUCCGAAUUCCAUAGCUGUGCCUUUCAAAUAUUAUUCGCUGAGACCUAUUGAGUCUAAAAAGUCGUCGAACGUGGUGUUGAAGUACUUCACAGCUGUUUAUCAGUGCAUGGCUGAGAAAAAAGUUGAUAUUUACAGUAGGCAAAAGUUUUAUAAUGAGUUUUUGUCUUGGAUUGACCGGGACAUUAUGCCCAAGUUGGAUGACGAAAGGGUUUAUGCUGCCUUUGGAGGAAUUUAUAAAGUCGGAGAAACGCUGAAGGAAUUCGGAGCCCAAAAGAUAGAAAUCAAAACAACUACAGAAGUGAAAUUCAACGAGGAAGGACUGAACGAAGUCUCAACUCAGUCUCCUAGUGGAGUUAUGAAGAGUUCCAAUCUAAUACUUCUGGCAGUACUGAUAGCAAUAUUCGUAUGGUUCCUGCUGGGAAUCAUGUUCAUCUGUUAUAGGAUCAGAGCUAAGAAGUCUUGCUCAGCACAUUGUACUUGCAGUAAGACCAGCCUGAAGAAGACUUCUUCGUCGUCUCCACCUCCCGGCACCACGUCCGGCAGUGACAGUCAAACUUACACCAAGUGCACGUGCACAAAGAACUCCAGCAAGACUGAAAGUAAAACUUCAACCAAAUCAACGUCCAAAGAUGUGACUCCCGGUUACGACACCCAAGUGGCCACCAUCGAAACAGUGCAAACAAUGAAGCUGUUGCCUUCAAUAGCUGAGAUUUCAGAGACGUCGUACAGAUGCGAGAAGAAGCACUACGACUCUUCGUCUUCCGAUUCCAGUUCCUACACCACGGAGGAGGAGAAGACCGGAAGAGAAACUUUAACGGCGGCCUACUCCACCAUUUCGCAUGACAUGUACUUGAAGACUUUAAAGAACACGGCCAAGAUGGUUGCGACGAAGGCCUCGAAGCGGGUCAGUGGCGUGAGUUUUGGCGAAGGUAAGGAAAAAUCUACGACUUUGUCGUCGAAGAACGUCACCUAUUCCACGGACGCGUCGGAGGAUGUUUCCAAAACCAGCAGGUCGUCUUCAUCUCUCAGCUCUUGUUUGAAGAAAGACAAAAAGGAUACGUCCGAUUACUCCACAGAUGCUACAUCACAAAUGGUUAGCGUGGAUCUGAGGAAGAACAGAAGCGAGGAAACAACCAGCUACAGCUCGGAAAGUCAUCAGGACGUGAGCAAGCAGGAAAUGAGUGUGGUUUCACUAAACGAUGAUGAUGAUCCCACGCCAGAAACAUCGAGUCACUCCAAAAGCAGCAGAAGUCGCUCAGAAAGCCUCGACAACACGCUGAAGCAGGACUGCAUUUUUGGCUACGACUUCCACACGUCUUCAUCAGGUGACUCUUCAAUUGAUACAGAAGAGUCGAUUACAGAAAUGAAAAAGUCACCAUCCAAAUAAUUAAUAAUGUUUACUACUUCUUAUAUUUAUACACUGUUUUAUAUUAUAAUAAAUAAAUAAAUCACAUUUUAAUUAA